AUGAUGAUGAUGAUGAUGAUGAUGAUGAUGAAAAUAAAAUGUAUAUAAAAUAUUUUUUUUGGUUUGGUUUCUUAUUUAUACCUAUUUGGUGGUUUGGUAGUUUUUAUAAACCUAAUGGUACUGAAGAUUAUAAAUGGAGAAAACGUUGUAGAAUGGCUAGUAUAUGGGUUGUUGUUGCUUCGGCUAUUAUACUUAUUAUUUUUCUUAUAAUUGAACAAAGACACAAAGCUGGUAUGUAAAAAGCUGAUAUAAUACGUAAAGGGUCUUAAAGGCUGAUACGUUUAAAGGCUUGAUACGUAAGGCUGGAAUACAAUAAUACAUACGUGAAUAUGGUAAGUAAAAGCUGUUAAAAAGCUGUUAUGUAAUUUAUGUAAUUGAUGUGUUGCACCACAUUUAAAAAAAAUAAUUUUCAUUUUUAGACGCGUACUCGCGUAGACACGA